AUGUCUGUUAUGCUAGACAACACUUCAGCCCCGCUCUUUGAGAUUGCACGCACUGUGUUUCAGGCCGGCUACCAGCGCCUCAUUGACGACAUCUUGCACAUUGGAUUAUCGCUUGAGGACGAACUCAAUGACAGGGUGGGUCAGCUCCAUCUAUCAUUGGAGCAGCUGAAACGAGCCAGACGGAUGAUGGCCAUUGAUUGCUCGACAAGUGAGCUUCUGCAUGUUGUCCCUAUUAGAUUUCUCACCGUUCUGAUCGACCACCCCGGACAGGACCCAAUGUCCGAGGAGCCCGCUGAUGUUGCCUGCAACCUUGAGACUCAGUCAUUCCUCUGGGACUUAGGUAUGCCUUUCCCUGUGACGAUCUCCUACACUGAGGAUUCCGCCCUCUAG